UGGGUGAGAUAUGUGUGAGAGGUAUUCAUUCAUACUAUUAGGUCGAUUUUAAAUUGGGUUAAAAUUAAAUCUUGUACAUAUCAACAUUUAUUUUAUAUCAUUAUAAAUUCAUUUUAAAAAUUGAUCAAAGUUCGAUUCAAUUAUCUGUUUUGAAUGCCUCCAGUACGAAUCUAUAUAGACUAUGAUCGACAAACUAAUGGCAUUAUUGUAAUAUUGGUAUAAAUAAAAGACCACUUACUUAUCUAUGAGUAUGAACCCAUAUUAUUUUUCAAUCCCGCCCUUCCCUCCCUCCCUCCUUGAUCCUUGCUUCUUUCCUUCACCCUCCUUUUUUCCUAUUUUGUUAUUUCACUCUCAAAAUCAAAAACCAGUCCCAAAAUUAGCAAUCAUUCAAACCAGGAAAAUAUAUAAAAUCCCUAAUUAUCCUUCUUUAGAUUAGAACUAAUACAUAGUACUAAACUUUCUAAAACAAAAAUCUCUGCAAAAAUGGGUAUGUUAAGAAACAAGAUAGUUACCCAGAUACUAAAAAGAAGCAAAAAUAAGAUAAUUACCCAGAAAACGUACUCAGAAUUAAUAUCAGCAGCAGUAUCAGACCCAGAAAUGGGAAAUGGGUUUUGGUCAAAAGAUUAUGAAGAUUAUAGAAAAUCAUUGUAUGGUGGUAAUAUUACUCAUAAAGCUUUAUUUGUUGAUGCUGUUGGCACUGUUCUUGUUCCCGCUCAAUCUACUUCUAAGAUAUAUAGGCAAAUAGGGGAGAAGUAUGGUGUGAAGUAUUCAGAAAAUGAGAUUUUGAGUAGAUAUAGAUGGGCUUAUGAACAACCUUGGAGAAGAUCUAGUCUCAGAUAUGUUGAUGAUGGUAGACCAUUCUGGCAAUUCAUUGUAUCUUUUUCCACUGGUUGUUCAGACAAGCAGUAUUUUGAAGAGCUAUAUAACUACUAUAUGACGGAGAAGGUUCGUACGUGGAGGAUUUAUGCUGAUGUUAGUUUUUGCUUCAAGGCGUGGAAGCUUUGUGACCCAAAUGCAGGAAAUGUAUUUCGGGCUCUAAGAAAUGAGGGUGUACGAGUAGCAAUCGUCUCAAACUUUGAUACGCGACUAAGGCCUUUAUUAAGGGCUCUGAAUUGUGAAAACUGGUUCGAUGCAGUUGCUGUUUCAGCUGAAGUUGCAGCAGAGAAGCCAAACCCGAUUAUAUUUCUGAAGGCGUGUGAUCUUGUAGGAGUAAAUCCGGAGGAUGCUGUUCAUGUCGGUGAUGAUCGGAGAAACGAUAUAUGGGGUGCGAGAGAUGCAGGUUGUGACACUUGGCUUUGGGGUUGCGAUGUUCAUACUUUUAAAGAGGUAGCACAAAGAAUAGGUGUAGAUACCUAAGCAUGCAUAUCACUCGUAUUCUUUCGGCAACAAUCAAGAUGAGUUAAGGCCUGAGACUAUCUAUGGAACUUGAGUUUGUACAGCUAGUUGUAUGUAAACAGUAAUCCAUAAGAUAUAAGAAAACUGAGUGGUGUACUAUCUCAGAAAAUAAAUGUGUUUUCACUUUUUUGGCUAUUCAACAGCCAAUAGCCAACAGUAUCUGAGAAAAUAAA